AUGACGAAACUAGGGUUUAGCGGGUCCCGGGACCGUGGACUGGGAGAGGAGCGUGCGAGGUACAAACGAACGCGUGGGGGAGAGGAUGGGGGUGAAAGAGGUGGGAAACGUGUUAGGAGGGAAUAUGACGGUGACGAAUAUGAUUAUGAAGAGCGCGGAUCGCGACGAAGAUCUGUGUCGUCGCGGGACGAGGCGCGGGAGACCCGACGUCGGAGUCGCGAUAGGUAUCGGCAUCAGCAUUCUGGAGGCGACUACGCGUCACAGUUGAAAUCUAAAUCGACCAAUUCUCCGCAUAGAGAAAGGAGAGAACCAGACCAUCCGAGUCGCGUUGCCGAAUACUCGCCUUCGGCAUCCUCGACCCGUCACCAUCAUCACUCGCAUCACCGCCACCAUCAUCAUCACCAUCACCGACACCGCUACCCCUCGAUACAUUCUAGUCGCACUCCGGACGAAUUGCCUUUCGGCGCGCGGCCGCUAGUCCGCUCCGACCUCGACGCGUUUAAGCCGCUUUUCGCGCAGUACCUCGAAGUGCAGAAGAACAAGGAUGUUACGGCGAUGGACGAGCGGGAAGUCAGAGGUCGCUGGAAGAGCUUCGUCGGUAAGUGGAAUCGCGGCGACUUGGCCGAGGGCUGGUACCGGCCCGAGACGCUGGAAGAGGCUAGGGAGAGCGGGUUUGGUGCUGGCAUGCACACACAUAUCGCAGAACAAGAGGAUGGUGGCAACGCUAGGAAAACACUACUACCCUCGUUAGGCGAACGGAGUCAAGGCCGCGCACACGAAGACGUCGACGGUCCAGCGCUCUCGGAACACCCCGAUUCUGAGUCUGAGUCUGAGUCUGACUCCGACUCCUACGGGCCAACCCUGCCCCCAGGCUCAACUGCAAACACAAAUACAAACGCGAACGCCAAACACGGUCCCGGCAUCCCCAGCCUGCAAGACCUAUCCCUACGCCGCGAAAACGCCGCAGAGGAGCGGGACCAACGCGUGGCUGACCUACGUCUCGAGCGCCGCCUCGACCGCAAGCAGCAGCGCGAACAGCUCGAAGAACUAGUUCCCCGCGCCGAGCCCGGCACGCGCGAGCGCGCGCUGGAGAAGAAGCGCGAGGUCGGGGAUAAGAUGCGCGCUUUUCGGGAGCGGUCCCCGGGUGUAGGGGAAGUAGGGGAAGCCGAGUUGAUGGGGGGAGGGGAUGGGGAUGCGUUGGCGGAGUAUAAGAGGUUGAAGGGGUUGGCGGAGAGGAAGAGGACGGAGAGGGAGGUUAGGAGGGAGGAGGAGGAGAGGGCUAGGGAGGCGGAGAGGGAGGAAAGGAGACGGGUUUGGAGGGUUCGGGAGGAGGGGGUUAUGGAGGGGUUGAGACGGAUUGCUAGGGAGAGGUUUGGGUGA